AUGGAGUUUGGACUUCAAAACAAAGACAAGUCUGAGAGAAUAAGGUGGGGUUAUUCUUCAGAGGAAGCAACACAAGUGAGAUCCUAUACCUGUGGUUUCUGUCAGAAAGGGUUUUCAAACGCUCAAGCUCUUGGUGGUCACAUGAACAUCCAUAGAAGAGACAGAGCAAGGCUGAGGCAACAAUAUUCUCAAGAGAAUAAUUUGCUCUCUCUUGACACGAACCCUAAUGAUGAUCUUUAUCAAGAUCAUCAGCAUCAUCAGAACCCUACUGCAGGAAUUUCUCAGCUUCCUAUUUUUUUCGGCGUAGAGGAGAAGAUGGAGUUGGACCUUGAGCUUCGGUUAGGUCCUGAGCCAAUGGAGGUAUAA